CGAAUCCUACACUCACGUUUCAUAUCAAACCAACCUUUUUCCUGUCGCUUCCGUAUCCACUGAUCCACUACUAAGGUUUCCUCCCAUCGCCGUUCGCAAAAGCCAGAAAAGAACCAAGAAGAAUGAGAGUAGAAAAAAGGCAAAUGCCCGGAGCCCAAAGCGACUGAGAGUGGACCAAAAGAUAUCGCAUAAAGAUUGAUGGUCGAUGUUCCCUCGCGUCGCACUUAUGGCCUCACGGAGGAUUUGAUAGAGGGUGUGUGCGCGUGUCGGUAAUUGAAGCGGCUUCGGUUUUUCUUCUUCUUCCGAGAGCCUGCCUCAUGACAAUCCGUCGCCUCUAUUUAGGAUCUAUGUUCGAGAUCAAUUACUGCCUGGCAUUGACUGGACAGUAUCUUGAGUUCAAUGGGCAUCUAAAUUUGGAACGUGAGUGGCGAUCGGAAUAUAUAUAGCGGUGGUGAUCGUACCGAAAAUCUGAGCCUCACACCUAAAUUUGGUGGGAAUCUCUUCUUUUAGCAAAUGCAAGAUAAAAAUGGGCUCCACCCAUUUUACAUUUCUUUUUCCUCUUUUCCAGUCCCUUUAGUCUAAUUUAGUCAAUGGGCUCGUUAUCUUUAAGAUGAAAGAUUGGCAAGCAGAAACUCCUUUUCGAGACAGUGUUGAUUAAAGAUCUUCUGUAUUGAUUACUGGGGUAAGUGUUUGGUCAUGGUUUGAUUGCUUCUUUCUUUUCUGCUUGUGGUUGGAAUCUGGUUUCAAGAGUCGUGGGGAAUGUCAUUCCUUUCGCUGUCUCAAGUGAAAGGUAAAAUUUUUAUGGGUUUUGUGGAGCUCGAUUUUCUUCUUUUCCUCAGAUAAAAAGGAAAAAUUUGUAUGGCAAUACCAAUGGAACCACUGCAUAUGAUCUUGGCAUAAGUAUGCAUCAUAAACUUAACUAGACGUGUUAGGCAGAGUGAAAUGAUUUGCUUGAUGGUCUGUGGCUGACAGCUUUGUAGUUUCUGUUAGAAACUUGGCAUCUAAAGGUAAUGCCAUUUGCUUUCUGAGUGUAUGUAAGUUUUUAGAUGAACAUUUUUUGCUGCAUUUGUGUAGUAUAUGUAUCAGCAUGUUUAACAUGUUAGCAUGAAGCACAAAUGAGUUUCGGAGGUUGAGGCCGUUACUUUUAUUUUUCUGAUGACAUUUUGGAUCACCGUCUGUUUCGUUGGUCAAUUUCAUGUUAAAACUUCUGCAUAUGAUUUGUUCGCAUGUCAUUAAUGUAUGGAUUAUUGCGAUUAUAACAUCUCUUACAUUUAAAAGGAGGAAUGAAGACUAUCAUUCAAUCGGUUGCUUCUAUCCUUCCAUCAAUAUGCCAAACCUUAGAGAUUGGACAGAGAAAGCUUUUGUGUCGUACAAAUAAUGGUUAAAUGAUUGUUCUGUUAUGCCUCUUUCUAAUUGUUCCACCACUGGUGAUCUCAUUGUCCACAUUCUGCAGCUGUUGCUUAACUACAUAAAUUAAUGACCAUGCUAAAAUCCUUGCUCUUAGUGAUGUUGCUCAUAUGUCGUAUCUUCCUUGCAAAAGUUUCUACUUGUGGAAUUCAGCAUGUCUAUAGAUAGAAUAGACUUCCUCCAGGCAAAGAAUUUGUGUUCUUCUGCUAGAUCUCUUAAUGCCUCUUGACGUUGAUCAAGAAAAGAUGCAUGGCGUUCUUCAAAAGUCCCAUGGCCAUGUUCAGAUUGUCUCUGACAGUGGGAAUGCUUCCUUGCUGAUGAAAUCUCCAUAUGGGAAUAAUUACAGAAAUUCAGAGGACCAGGCACGAUCUGUCUUUUUGGGGAUCUCCAAUCAUAGGUAUACCGUGUUGACCUUCCUUACCGUUGAAUCUGAUGGAACUUGGAGAGUUGUCACUGUACCUCUUCAAUAUCCUGAACAGAGAGGCCACCUGCUUUUUGGUCACAUAAACGUGGAUAGACUGCACCCAAUAUUUAGCCCAGCUAUUAAUGCUACUAAUCAUAAUCGACGAAAAGCACACAAAGGGCCUCAAGGUGGUGGGUCUCUCUUAAUGCACUCGAGUACAGCGAGAAAGUCUAUUCAAUCAGAUGCGAGAUGCCAAUCUCAUAAAAAGGCCUUGCCAAACAAGGCUGAAUAUUCUGGCUGUAACUAUGGUCUAAAUUCUUCAACCUCCAAUUGUGAUCCUCGUUUGCUUCAAGGAGACCCUUGUGCAAAUGAUUCCACUGCAGAGCUUACUGAUGGAGUCAAGGCUGACAAGGCUACGAGCAAAAUUUCGAGAAAUAAAGCAAGAAGAAAAGGGAAACAAAGGAAAAGGCCUCCAUUUAAUGGUGGUUUGAGGGAAUUGGAAGUUUUAGCUGAGGAUUUUGACCAUGGAAGCUCAAUAUCCAGAACCUAUGGUAUGAAAAAUGAGGUUGAUAGUGAAGGCACAGUUCCAUGUGGGACUGGUUCAGAACUUCAGCUUAAAGCUGCUAGAGUCCCUGAAAAUUGUGCUGAUGAUGAUAAGAGUGAAGGCAUCGACUGCUCUGAAACACCACAGACGAGCAUCUCUAAUUCUUAUGGAAGAGACACAUCAAAUACGGCUGCCGGUCCUUUUGUUCAGAAUACCCAUGGGGAGAACAAUGGGCAUGAAUUCAAAGGAGAUUCUCAUGGUCGUUGUGCAGAGAGGCAUGAGGAUUUGGAUAGCAGCAUCAUUAUGCCCCUGGUCGUCCCUUGCUGUGAUAAUAGGGUGAAUAAAUUAGAAUUAGAAUCAAACCGUUUGAGUGCCUGUAAAGUGGGUAGUGUUGGGAAUUCACAUCAACAUGCCGGGAAAGGUACUAGUUAUCCUGUUUGGCAGAAGGUACAGCAGAAACAUGACCAGGAGUGCGUGGAUGAGAAGAAGAAGUUAUGUUCUACUGAGUCAAAAAUUGACACUUCCUGGAGAAAGGCUUCGUUGCUUAAACAAAAUGGCAGAGUUGCUGAGGGGAAUAUGGAAUUUAGAACCGAAAAUAAGCAGCAGCCACAUCCUGAAUUCUCACGUAAGUUGAAACGAAAAGGUUUCUUAGAUUCAAAAACCGAAUCUGAUGACUAUUCUAGGAAGGGAUCUUUCACUAACAAGGCCAAGCUCGAAAAAUCAAGUGCUUCCACAAAGAUCCGGCCAUGUACGAACAAAACUACAGUGCCAUCUCAAGUGGAUCAAACUGAAUGGGAGACUGAAUCAAAAUCUGUCUCUCAGAAACCGCCAAGGACCGUUUACAGUGUUGCUCCUAUUCUGGACAAUGAAGAUGCAAAAUAUGAGGAUAGUUCAUUACCAAUAUAUUGCGCUCGCUCUAACCAUAUCAAUUAUUCUGAGCUUCAAUCUUCAGCAUCAGUUCCCCAUCUUUUAGCUGAUGAAAUUUCUCUGCUAGGAAAAGAAGUUUCUGUAGCUGACUGUAGUAAGCAGAGGUGUAGCCCUGGAUCUUUUACACAGAAAUGGGUGCCUGUACGCAUGAAGAAUCCUCUAUCAACAGACCCCAUCAGAUCUGAGAGUUGUCUGGGUCAUUCUUGUGAUGCAACUGUUGAAGACAGGACUCUACUGUUUCCCAAAGAUAAAAUAGGCUCAAAUGAUGGAAAUGAUAUUGAAACAGGAGUCACGUGCAGGUUCGAGGAGUCUAGAAAGGAGAAUUAUCCUCCCUGUGAUGAUGAAAGUCUGGUUGAGACCUUGACAAAUGAGAAAUCAUGCAUGCUUAAGGAGCAGAAUCACGAGGUUGUGCCUUGUAGCUUCUCAAGGGAUGAAUCAGAAAAUCAGAAAAGCUCUGUGGUUCAGAUUCAUCUAGACAAGAUAACAAGGGCUAUUCAAGAAGUGCAUAGGAUACAGUUGGCAUCAGAAGCUGUUCAUCUUGUAACUGGUGGACCCAUUGCUGAGUUUGAGAGGCUGCUAUGUUUUUCUUCUCCAGUUCUUUGCCAAUCACAGGUUACGGCUGGCUGUAAUACUUGCCCAAGAGACCGGGUUGUUGGUUCAUUACUCUGCCAACAUGAGAGACCCAAUGUAUCUCUGGGAUGCCUGUGGCAGUGGUACAAGAAACAUACAAGUUAUGGGUUGGAAGUUAGGGGUGAAGAUUACAUUAACUCAAGUAGAAUAGGUGUUGAUCGUUUUGCGUUUCGUGCCUAUUUUGUUCCUUAUUUGUCAGCUGUCCAGCUGUUCAAGAAAUGCAGCAGCGGAUCAGCCCGCAGCAUAAAUGGGGUUCCCCGAUCUGAGUUGGAGGUUAAUGAAAGAUCUGAAAAAUCUGUUUUCAGUGGCCUUCCCAUGUUCUCAUUACUAGUACCUCAGGCUCGUAAUGGAGUUGCAGGAAAGUUUCUUCGUGCAAACAAGGUGUCUACUUGUCAAUCUUCACCUUCUUCUGGAAAUAACAUGUCCAGUCCUACUGAGAAUGAGCACUUUAAGGAUUUAGAACUGCUCUUUGAGUAUUUUGAGGUGGAGCAACCUCAGCAGAGGCAGCCUUUAUAUGAUAGGAUUCAAGAGCUUGUUGGAGGUUGUGGGCCAUCUCGUUCCGGAGUUUAUGGAGAUCCUUCAAAACUAGACUCUGCGAAUCUAUGUGAUUUGGACCCAAGAUCAUGGUACUCAGUAGCGUGGUAUCCCAUCUACAGGAUUCCUGAUGGUAAUUUCCGUGCAGCAUUUCUGACGUACCACUCGCUUGGGAACUUGAUUUGUAGAGAAGCCACUUUUGAUUCUGUCAAUGUGAACCCUUGUGUAGUAUGUCCCGUAGUAGGUCUGCAGAGUUACAAUUGCCAGAGUGAGUGCUGGUUCGAGUUGAAGCCCUCUGCACUAAGCCAGAGAAAGGAAGUCUCAAGCUUAGAUCCGUCUAAGAUCCUGAAGGAGCGGUUGAGGACGCUUGAAGAGGUGGCUUCGCUGAUGGCCACAGCUGCUGUCACUAAAGGAGGUCGUAGCAUGGUGAAUCGACAACCCGAUUACGAGUUUUUCCUGUCCAGAAGACACUAGUGAACUACCCGGGUGUUGCGGUCGUGAAUGACAGAUGUGAAAUCGGGAAAUUUAGUUUGGCGCUCACCUGAAUGAAAGAAAAUAACUC